UUUUGUAGUAAAUUUKCUUCAAAAUGUCAUCUUCUUGAAGGRAUUCCUUGGUYUAAACAACAAUGUCUGCUCAUAAGGGAAAGCCCUCCAAAAGGGCACUACCAAAUGUGCCUUUACUUAGGACUGGGAGUGAAGACUUUAUAAAUACAGCCGUUUUGAAAACUGCCAUUGCCGCAAAUUCGAAAACACGUUCAACCGCCAAACAGCAAACUUCUUCAACUCCCUCAACUCCAGAGAAGGUUGCAGUCAGGAAGACAAGCGCUCCAGCUGGGGUACUUCGUCAMCAGCUUUUGAAAAACUCUCCAUUGUCGACGAGAAGAAGAUUGCUAGAACAAAGACGCGAUAGUGCGAAUUCAACAAGCUCUAGUAAUGAUUCGCCUCUUUCAAGUCGAAGAGGUUCGAAGGAGAAUUURCCYWUUAUCAAAGACAUCGGAGAUGAAMAUAAUAAAACAAAUGAUAAGAAAAUUGCUCGUGUGCUUCCAAUGUCGCCUGCCUUUUUGACGAACGAGGGAAUUUMUGUCAAAAGYACAACACCAACKGUGAAGAAUUUGAAAGACUUCGACACACCAUUAAGAAAUAUUGACAAAUUUGUACAUUCAGAGASUCCGAAAGUUUUUAACGGGACACCUUCUCGGGUACAUGAAAAGAUACAACACACUCCGGCUACUACGCCACACACUCCGUAUCAAGUGCCAAACAUUGCGGACGAGGAUUCUUGUAGUAUUGUUGUCGCAGUUCGAGUCAGGCCCCUCUCUCAAAGGGAAAAGCAAGAUGGUGGUGUGACAAUAUGUGUCUCAAUGCAACAAAAUGAAACAAAUAUUGUAUCUAACCAAGGAACCAAAUAUGACUUUAUCUACGAUCAUUCCCUGUGGUCGGUGGACCCAGAUCAMCCAGAAUACACCAGUCAGGAAGAUGUCUACAAAUUAUUGGGAGAACCUUUGCUUAACAGUGCUUUUGAAGGAUAUAAUACUUGCCUGUUUGCUUAUGGACAG